CUUGAUUAUGCCAAAAAACAUCAAUCAUGUUACCUUACCUUCUCCGUAAAACUACGUUAAUUCGCUUUAUAAUCUCACCCACCAUUGCACCUCACCAAACUCACAGACAUUACGCGUGGCACCAUACCUCAUCAUUAUUGGCCAUUAAUGCUCUCUAUUUAUAGAGUUGGGUGACACAACCUUUUCCAUAUAUAUUCAAAACAACAACGCAGAGGAAAGAGAUGGUCUCUGUGUACAACUCUUUCCUGAUAUAUUCAAACUUGAUCAUCAAUUAUCUCUCUCUCAUUAAUUUUAUUUAAAUCCCAUUUUUUUCCCUAUCUUCAGCGUUUUGAAAGGUGGUUUCUUUAUAAUGAUAGAGGAAUGAUGUAACAGAUAAUGGGCAGCAAAAUGGAUUCAAUGGUAUCCAUGUUGUUAAUGCGAUAAUCUCUGUUGGGUGUAUAUAUAUAUAUAUAUAUUUGCAUAUGCUUGGUGGGUUGGCAUGGGCUUGUUUGGUUGUCUGCUGGGGAGAGAGGGACGCAAGUUUAUCAAAAGGAAAGACAGUGAUGCUGGAGAAGCAGGAAUUAUGCAAUUUCUUCUCUUUGGAUUCUCUUUACGAUGGCAUAUGGUAUUAGUAAUUGUUCAUCUUUCUCAACCAAGGCAUAUCUCCUUGUAUGGGUCUAAUAAAUCUGCUUCAAGAAAACAAUGAGCCGAGCAAUGGAAGAACUCAGAGGUUCUCUCUAUAAUGAGCUCAGAACUUCAGAAGGAGCAAAGAGAAAACAGCAGAGAUAUUGUGGUCCUGUUGUGGCUAUGACCUUCAAUUUCAUGGUUGCUGUUGGGAUUAUCCUGACAAACAAAAUAGUUAUGGGAAAAAUCGGGUUCAAUUUUCCAAUCUUUCUCACUUUAAUCCACUACUCAGUUGCAUGGAUACUACUAGCUUUGUUCAAGGCAAUCUCGUUGCUGCCAGUCUCUCCUCCUUCAAAAACUACUCCUUUCACUUCUCUCUUCUUCUUGGGUGCUGUCAUGGCUUUUGCCUCAGGCCUUGCCAAUACAAGUCUGAAGUAUAACAGUGUUGGUUUCUACCAGAUGGCUAAAAUUGCAGUUACUCCCACCAUUGUUCUUGCAGAGUUUGUCCUCUUUAGAAAAACCAUUGCUUCUACAAAGGUGUUGGCCCUGACUGUUGUCUCAAUUGGUGUGGCAAUAGCAACUGUGACAGACUUGGACUUCAAUUUCUUCGGUGCUUGUAUCGCAGUUGCCUGGAUAAUCCCAAGUGCCAUUAACAAAAUUUUGUGGUCUAAUCUACAACAACAGAGCAAUUGGACUGCUCUUGCGUUGAUGUGGAAGACAACACCAGUGACAGUUUUCUUCUUAUUGGCAUUGAUGCCAUGGUUGGAUCCACCAGGAGUGUUGUUGUUCAAGUGGAAUAUCAACAACUCAUCUGCCAUUUUCAUAUCAGCUCUCCUUGGUUUUCUCCUCCAAUGGUCAGGCGCUUUGGCACUUGGUGCAACUUCUGCAACUUCUCAUGUGGUUUUAGGACAGUUUAAGACAUGUGUGAUCCUGCUGGGAGGGUAUCUGAUAUUCAAUUCAGAUCCAGGGUUCAUUAGCAUUUGUGGGGCAGUGGCAGCUCUCGGUGGCAUGUCAGUUUACACAUCCCUUAAUUUGCAGGGCACCCAUGAAAGUUCAAACAAGCAACUUCCAAAGCAGAAUAUGUCCAAAACCAAAACCAACCCAGAAGCAGAAGAUACUGCCAAAGACUCACAAAUAUCAGUUACUGCUGCCAGUACAACAAACAUUGUAUAGAGAUAAACUACUAAAACCAGCUCAAGGGAGAGAGAGAGAGAGAGAUGAUAGGAUAGAAGUUUGUGCUGUAUAGAUAAGAGAGUUUUUUGGGGAUUUUAUUAAGGAAAACUUUAGGGUUAAUUUUGGACAGUCAAAUAUUAUUUGUUUUAGAUGUUCUCUCAUGUCCUAAUUAGGUACUCACAAAAGCCAUUUCAUAAGGACAUAAUGAAAUUGAUUUCUUUGUA